UUGGUCUCCUUUAAUUUUGCUUCUCCUUCGCGUUGACUCGCAAUCGCCUGUCACGGUCGGCGCAUGCGCACUGUAGUCACAAGGAGGUGAGGACCAGCGGAGUAGAGCGUAUCGACGCUGUUCUCGGUAAAACAGAGAUUCGCGUUACUGACCCGAGAUCUCGGACAACGAAUCGCGCGAAUACGGAUGUGAAGACGGUGUAACAUGCCGUGGAGACGGACGCCAACAUUACCGCCUUCUCCCGACCUGUGAAUCCGUAUCUCUGAAGGGGAAGGCAGCUACAGGAAGGGGAAAGAGGGCUCGAUCAUGGGGAACGAGGCGAGCAUGGAGGGUGGCGACGGCGCGCUUGCCGGGGAGCUCACAGGACCAGAGGCGGAGCUCAGCCGCCUGAGCGAGGAGGAGCGGAAGACGCUCAUCAGCACCAUGGCAGAGGCGCAGGCCAGGUAUUCAGAGCAACAGCCAUCUGGAGGAAGAGGUUCUGGGGGCCUCAGUAAGAGUCGAACAGUAGACGCAUUCGGAGAAGGUCCACCUCCCAAGCCAAAGCCAGGCCGCAGUCCUUCCUCCCUCAGCCUUCUUGAGUCCCGCUUUCGGCAAGAACCCAAAGACCCUGAGCAGCCUCGCACCGGCAUGUUUUCCUCGUCCUUUCUGAGUGGGGUUUCUUCAGCUGUCUCCUCUGCCAGCAUCCCCAAAUUCAGCCUUUUUGGUGAUGAUGAGGAGGACACAGCCAAACAAGGACCAAAACCCCCUGGCCCACAGCAGGGUCCAUCCAAAGGACAAGGACAGCCAGGGCAGAGACAAGGAGCUGUACCACAGGGGCCUGGAGGAAAGCCUGCUGGGCCUAGUCCUGGACCUGGGCCUCAACAGCAAGGACCUAAACCUAAAGACUCUGGGCCUCAGCAACAAGGUCCUGCUAAAACAGAUAAAGGAGGAUCAGGCAAACCUAGUGGGCCACAGCAAGGCCCAGCCAAAGCCGCACCUCAGCCUGGUGGGACUGCAAAGCCUGGUGGACUGCUGUGUCCUCUAUGUAAAUCCACUGAGCUGAACUUGCAGGCCAAGAACCAGCCACCCAACUACAGCACCUGCACACAAUGCAAACAACAGGUGUGCAGUCUUUGCGGAUUUAGUCCUCCUGACUCAGAGGGGAAAGAGUGGCUAUGUCUAAACUGCCAAAUGCAACGGGCAAUGGGGGGCAUGGAACCUCCUGGCCCUCCAAUGAUGAAGCAGCCUCCCAAGCAAGGCUCGGCCCCUCCAUCCCCACAAAGGAAGGAACAACCAGCUGGGUUGCCCUCAAAGGAUGAACCCAGGAAGAAGCCUCCAAUGCUGACCAAGCAGCAAAGCAUGUCAGAUAAAGGAAAAGGAGCCACUCCUCCGCCGACUCCCAAACAGACGACUCCUGGUCCAGCGGCACAGCAGAAAACCCCUAAAGGGCUGGAGGAAGCUCAGCCUGGACUAAAACGUGGACAGCAGCCACCUCCACUUCAGAAAGCUGAACAGAGUCCAAUGGGUAGUCCUCAACCCUCUCCUGCAAAAACCACCCAGAAGCAGGAGGGAGGUGGCUUUUUUGGAGGCUUCGGUCUAGGAGGGUUGACAGACAUGACAAAACCCCCUACAGAGUCAGUUACAGGGAAAUUGUUCAGUGGUUUUGGCAGCUCAUCCAAACCACAAGGUGGCACUGCAGCACAGGCGAGUGACUCGGUUACUGGGAAGCUUUUUAGUGGGUUUAGCGGACUGAGUGAAACAUCCAAACCACCCGAGGCCACUUCUCAGGCAACUGAGGGUGUGUCUGGAAAGAUGUUUGGGUUUGGUUCAUCAAUCCUUAGCUCAGCCACCAACCUCAUUACUGGGGAAGAACCAAAGUCUCCUCCAGGAUCACUGCCUGACUCCCCCAUUGACUCUGGAGAAAAAUCUCCUCCAGGCUCUCCUCCAGAUUCUGAAUCCCCCCCAGACACCCCACCAGUCUAUUCCAAAGAGUCUCCUUCUCCCAAACCUGGGUCCACUGAUGGACAGGUCCUAGCAGAUAAACCCAUCUCAUAUUCUGCAAAAACAGAAGAGCCUCAGACCAUAUCCAACUGUCCACUAUGUAAAGUGGAACUGAACAUGGGAUCAGGAGAUGUUCCCAAUUACAGCACCUGUACAGAUUGCCAGAAAACUGUGUGCAGCCUUUGUGGUUUCAACCCCAUGCCGCAUCUCUCAGAUAAAGAGUGGCUAUGCCUGAACUGCCAGACCCAAAGGGCUCUCUCUGGACAACUUGGAGAUUUGCCACCUCCACCUUCUCCUUCAAAGAUGCCAGCUAAAUCCCAGCCUACCCCUCCCUCUUCCCCAGCCAGAGCUGUCUCCUCAACACCUUCACCCCCUGCUCCUACUGUCACUGCUUCCCCAACCAAAGCGCUCAUUCGGACCCCUAGUGUAACUCAGGCUCCAGCUGACAAGUCUGAGCAUGACUCAGUCACAGCUGUUGCUAAGUGUGUAGUAGAGUCAGCUGCAGUGAAACAGGAUGAGGAACUGGCAGUAGUGGAAAGCACACAGGUAGUACCUGAACCAAACAAAGACCAAACACUUGACACUGCAUUUGAAAACACAACAGUGAAAUCCACUCCACCUGAGAAAACCAUAAGAGCUGCUGUCACGCCUGUUGACAUUAUACCAAGGGAUAUAGCAGAUGCUAAGGAGACAGAUGCCAAGCAGUGUGGAAUAGUAGAGCAAACUGAGCCUAAGGCUCAGAACAAAAAGGGAAGGGAAAAAGAUGCUGCUAGGCCUGUGGAAGACAAAGAGCUUCUGAAGGAACCUAAUAAUAAAGACACAGUCAGUCAAGAGUACAGCCCUACUAGUCCUUCAGAUUUGUCCAUGUUAGAGAAUACUGUUCUUCCAAUACUUGAAGCUCAAACAACAUCCUCUAAAGAGCAAUCACAAAGUGAGUUAGUCAGGACUGAGUGCCAACUGGAGAUGUCCCCAGAGGAGUCUCCAGAACUCAACUCAGAGGAAAAUAGGCAAGAAGAAGACAAGAAUGAUGCUGUAGGCCCUAAAAAAGAGAGGAAAAAGCUGCUUGUUCCAACAGAGCUUAAACAAAAUUUUCUGGAGGACAGUAGUGAGAGUGAAUCUUCACCUCUCAUUGAGAGAGCAAAUGAACUAAAUGAAGUAAAAGAUAUAGGAAGGGAUAAUGGAGGGUCAGCAGAGAAAGAGAUUGUGGCAAUAAGUGCUCAUGAGGAUGAAUCACCAUCAGUUGAAGAAGCCCUUACUAAAGGAAAAAUAAAUGAACAAGAAAAUAUACCACUCGAAGAAGAUGUAAAGAAGGACAUUAAGAAGAGUGAGUUAAGCAAGGCAAAGUGUCUUGUCAAAAAAAGUAGUAUUAACCCUGAGGAUGAGGUAGACCAGAAAAGUAUAAUUUCUGUGGCUAAAAUUGAGGAGCUAAGUAAAAGGGAGCAGACCAUUGAAGACAAUGGUGCUGGUAUUCGCCAUUUCAAAACAAUUGAACUCAACACUGGGGCCACUGUUCGUCAGGCUUCAGAUGAUGGUGAACCUGAGAGCCUUACAGAUUCCCCUGAUGACAGGUCUAGAGGGGAAGGCUCCUCAAGCCUACAUGCAUCUAGUUUUACUCCAGGCACAUCUCCAACCUCACUAUCUUCUUUUGAUGAAGACAGUGAUAGCAGCAGCCCAAGCCAUAUUAAGAGCAGUGGUGAGGGCAAACAGCAUAGGAAAGCCAAGCACCGGCAGCCAGGCCAAAUGCUACCCACCAUUGAAGAUUCAUCUGAAGAAGAUGAGCUACGUGAGGAAGAAGAGCUCCUAAAAGAACAGGAGAAACAAAAGAAUUCCAGUAAGAAAUCAAAGAAAGAUAAAGAGGAAAUACGAGCACAGAGACGUCGAGAAAGACCAAAGACUCCACCAAGCAACCUUUCACCAAUUGAAGAUGCUUCUCCAACAGAGGAGCAGCGGCAGGAAGCAGAGAUGGAGGAAUUCCGUAGAUCCUCCUGUUCAGAUUUCUCCCCAAGCAUGGAAUCUGAGCCAGAAGGUUUUGAGAUUCUUCCAGAGAAGAUUGCUGCUGUUCAAAAAGUGUAUCAUCUGCCAACAUCUGUCUCUUUGUAUUCUCCAACAGAUGAACAAUAUGCUAAUAAGCAAUCCAGGGAAACCUCAGAAAAACAACCUUUGCAUGCUUCACAUGAUGCUUAUGAGGAGAUAAUGCUCAGAACAAAGUCUCCAACUAUAGAGGAUAUUCCACCUGGAAAAGAGUCUCUGUAUGGCGGCAUGCUAAUUGAAGAUUAUGCCUAUGAGUCCCUGGUUGAAGACACACAUGUAGAGAAAGAACCAGAUAAGAUUUCUGUACCAGAAAAAGCAAGAAAACUGAGAUCACCAGAUGAAGUUUAUGAGGACAUGAUGCAGAUAAAGCAAGAGAUGUUGCUUAAAGAUCAACUGCUGAAAGAAGAUAGCACAAUGAAAGAAUUCCACACAACAGACACAACUGAAGAUGGCGUCUUGUCUUGUGCCAGAGACACACCUGACACAAGACAAGACACCUUCCCCACAAGCACUUCUGGCCAAUUUGGGAAGGAUGGGAAACGACUGUUAAAUGCAGAGGAAGCUUAUGAGGAACUUAUGAAAAAACAGAGAGCAGUCCUGACACCAGGCACAAGCCCAACACAAACAAUUCCUGAUUUGAGGGACAGAGCACAGGACAUAGAGGUUACUAUUGUUGAAAAAAAAGAUACUUUUCUUCAAAGAAGAAUUCUCCCUAUACCAGAUCUGACAGUGACUCAGUGUUCCUCAGGUGAAGAGGAAUCUGGUGAAGAGAGCACUGUAGAUCAAAAUCAGAAUGGUGAAAUGGUUCCAGUUUUUACAUCAACUUCUACACCUGCUGCAGUGACUGAGUCAACAUCAUUUGCUGUCAAGUCAUCUCAGGAAAGUACAACUGAUCCUUCAGCUUCAAAGCCAGCUUCAGAGCCUGCAAUGGAUUCAGUAUUAUCAAGGGCAGAAUCAUCAUCACAUCCAGUGCCAUCACAGGCUCCCAUGGCUGAACCAACAGACCAGCCUGGUGUUGUUGAUUUGUCAAAAUCUUCAGUUUUGACUCAAGUGGAUGCUUUACCUACUCAGAUUCCUAGUGUAGUUUCUAGACCCUCUGUUCCAGUUACAUCACCUUUACCCACUGUACCACAAUAUGCUCCAACAGUACCUAGUGUAAUAUCAACUGCCCCACCUGUUCCUCCCAAGCCAGCUCUACGUAGAGGUGUGUCUCAGGAAAAAACAGACAUUCCUGCUCCCCCUCCCCUACCGCCACCUACCCUACCUAAGCCUGCUAUUUAUCCCAAAAAGGUUCCACCUCAGGUUCCCCAAAGAACAGUUCCAGUUGGUAUCCCAACAACAGGUCCAAAUGCACAGAUUAGACAGCCUAUGGCACCAAAUUACAAGCCACAUGUUCCUCCUCCUGUCCCUCCAAAGCCAUCCACAAUCCCUGCAGGCCUGACAUUCAGCCACAGACCAGGGGAGACAGUCAAGCCACCCAUAGCUCCAAAACCCAUGUCAAGUACCCAACCACUUUCUUCCAUUUAUUCUCCAGUAAGACCAAGCAUCCUCCCAACAAGCACUGAAGAUGGUGCUUUGAAUCUGAGUCCUGCAUCUGAGAUCAAAACAGGGCCUACAUCACCAAUAAAAACCCCUACAUCUCCUAGGUUUGGGAAGUCAUUAUAUGAUACUUAUGUGGUUAUUACCCUACCAUCCCAGCCUGGUUCACCCAUAGAAGGCGUGACAACCCAAGCCCAAAUAAGUUCUGGUCCCUUUUCACCUAGCAAACAGUCUCAUUUACAGUUUGAUUUUCAGUCACAACCACAAAUUCAACUGCCACCACAGCCAAAAACAAAUAGGGUGCCAUUAGCUUUCACAAAAAUAACAGAAUCCAUAGAAAAACAAGAAAUAUGUGAUCCAGAAAUGAUCAUUUCAAGCAUGAGUCAUGUCAUUGAGGCAAUUUCAGCUUCACAGCCCUCAUCAGUAAUUCCAAAUGUUGAUGUCCAGGUAGUAACUACUGAAGUCCAAAGAACAACAGUGUCUGUUGUGCAUGGAAAAACUCCUUCUCCAACUCCAAGAGCCUCUGGACCACCAGCAGUCACAGGAGAUAUAAAAUCCCAGCCAGUAGCUGUGCAGAAUGGACAUGCUUAUCAUUCUGGAGUGAUUGUUGAUCUGCGUGCUCCAAAGACAGAUGUAGAGAUAUAUGUGAAAGGUAUAGAUCUGUCAUCAUCAGAGUCACAACAGCAGUCCUUCCUGGCUGAUGGGAGGCAACAAAGUGCAGUCCAGUCAUCUGUAAUGAACCUGAGCACUGAUACUUCAUCAGUGGCUAUGGUAACUGACAGCAUGACCAUCCUCACUUGUACAGCUACUAUAGCAUAUGCCAACAAUAAUCUUUCUCAGGCUACUUCAAUGCCUCUACAACUAACGACAUCUAAAUCUUUUGAACCUGUGUCCCAAAUUAUUUAUCGUCCUGUUGAUUCUCAGCCAGAAAAACCAAUCAAUCUCUCCACAACUUUAGGCAAAACACAUUCUGUUCCUGUGACAACAGCCCCUACAAUUGCAAAUAAUGGUGUUAGCAUAAGUAUUCCACCUCAUCUGGAAACUUGUGUAUCUGGUGCAGUUGACCUCACGACUGUUAAGCCAGUACAGACUAUGGUGUCUGUAGAGGGGUCCUCUUCAGAGGUGGUUACAACACUGAUUACAGAGGAUGAUGGUAAGCCAGUAGACCUAACAGCAGGGCGACGGGCAGUGUGUUGUGAUGUAGUGUACAAGCUUCCCUUUGCUGGUAGUUGUGCCACUCAGCAACCCUCAGCUCCAUUGCCAGAGGAUCGUUUUGGCUACAGAGAUGACCACUACCAAUAUGAUCGCUCUCCCUAUGGCAUGAGAGGACUUGGUGGAAUCAAGCCCUCCAUGUCUGACACAAAUUUGGCAGAAGCUGGCCUCUUCCUGUACAAGAGUAAGAAUAGGUAUGACUACAACGGGGAAAUGGAGGGUGCUGUAGAUCUUACAUCUGGAAAAAUGUCUAUAGCAGGUGAAGCUGUGGACUACUCAAGCAAAGCUACAGGGGCAUUUACUGGAGUUACAAUCCCACAGUACUCCCAAGCCAGAAUAACAGCUGCUGUUGGAACUCACUUUGCAAGUUCUAGUGUUCUGAGAUCCUCAAAUGGUGUGGUUUACUCCUCUGUAGCAGCACCAGUUCCUUCCACAUAUGCUAUAACUACCCAACCUGGAUCUAUUUUCAGUACAACAUACAACUCCCUGUCAGGCAUGCAUACUAGUGACACAAUGCCAUCAUUAUCAAAUUUGCAAUAUCAACCCCUCACUAGAUCACACAGUUUCCUUUCCACUGUUGCUGUGACCACAGCAGAGGAGCAGGAUGACAUGCCUUUGAACCUGGAGAUAAGUGUUUCUAAGGAUAUUUUCUCCAGUGGUCGAACAGAGAUAGCACCAAAAAUAGCCACAGCAGCAUCACUGGAUUAUACAGAUGCCUCACUUGAGGCAAUUGCAGCAUCACUAGAAGCUCUCUCCUCACCCAUGAUUCCAGGUGAUGAAAAGUAUCAGAUGGAACGUGAGCUUCUUGAGCUGGAGAAGAUAAAACAGCAACGUCUUGCUGAGGAACUAGAAUGGGAGAGGCAAGAGAUCCAGCGCUUUCGGGAGCAGGAGCAACUUCUAGUUCAGAAAGAGCUAGAGGAGCUACAGUCCAUGAAGCAGCAGAUCCUGUGUCAACAAGAGGAAGAGAGGCAAGCGCACCUCAUGAUGCAAAAAGAGACAUAUGCUCAGCAACAGGAGCAGUUGGAACAGAUUCAGAGGCUCCAAGAGCAGCUGAGGCAGCAACUAGAGGAGCAAAAGUACAGACAAAUGUAUCCAGGUGAGAUCCAUGAGCAGACAUUUGGUUAUAUUGUGGGGACAGACAAAAAGAUGGACAGUGGUUGUCAGACUGAUGAAGAAGACAAUACAGAAAAGGCCUACUCUGCAGGAAGAAAAAAGAAGAAUGCCAAGAAGAGUGUAGAUAGUUGUGUACAAACAGAUGAUGAAGAUCAGGAUGAGUGGGAAGUUCCCACUCGUGGCAGACGUAGUAGGCCACGAGGUGGUAAAUACAGUACUGGUGAUAGUUGUGGAGUUUCAGUGCAGGCACUUACAGAAAUUUCUGUACAGACAGAUUCCUUAGGAACGCUUAGAGGACACACUGUGCAGACGGACACUAGAGUUGAUUUUCCAAACUCCGAUAGAACUUCCUCUCCUAAGAGACGCCCUACCCCUUUAGAAAUAAGCCAGUCGCCACACCUCAAAACGGAUAACUCCUGUCUACAGGUUUCUCCCAUUCCCCCCAAAUCCCCCAAAGUCCUUUAUUCACCAAUAUCUCCUUGUAUGUCCCCUAGUAAAUCCCUUGAAUUUGUUUCCUAUGAAAAAUCAAGUGGAGACAACAGCCCACAGAAAAUAUGUUCUGCAGAUCCAUCCAAAGUGGUUCCUGGUAGUCCAAGGGCAAAGGCCAUUCAGCGGUCACUGUCUGACCCAAAACCUAUGAGUCCUACUUCAGAAGAAAGAGCAACCAACUUCCAAUUUUCUGAGGGUUACUCUGGUAAAGGAUCUCCAAGUAGCACUCCCACGGGCACACAGAAGAAAGUAAAGCGAACCCUUCCUAACCCACCUUCAGAGGAGGAGGCUGCCAAUGCUGGCCAAACGGCAUACAGCACUGCCUCUGCCCGUCGCCGCCUUUGCCGAAGCUCAAACAUGGCAAGGGCAAAAAUCUUGCAGGAUAUUGACCGUGAACUGGAUCUGGUAGAACGGGAAUCUUCUAAGCUUCGUAAGAAACAGGCUGAAUUGGAUGAGGAAGAGAAAGAGAUUGAUGCUAAACUGCGCUAUCUGGAGAUGGGCAUCAACAGAAGGAAGGAUGCUUUGCUUAAGGAAAGAGAGAAGAGGGAAAGGGCAUAUCUGCAAAGCGUCGCAGAGGAUCGUGACUACAUGUCUGACAGUGAAGUGAGCAAUAUCCGAGAGACAAGAAGAAGUGAUGGUAGAGAGGAAGUGAGUGGACUUGGAAUUGAAAGACCUCACACUGCUCCACAAUCAGAACUAGAUGAGUUUGUUCCACCACAGACUAAAUAUGAGUAUGGAAAGUACUCUCAGUAUCAUUACCCACAGUAUCAGCAGUCCCUGUACCAGGCUCAACAGCCCUACCAGUCCCAAUCCAUCUACUCUUCUGUGCCCUCUCUCACUGCUUCACAGCAGCAGAGCUACCACCAGAUGCUGCUACUACAGCAAAAAGCGAGACAACAAGCUGCACUUUUGUCUGAACUAGAUGCCACCAAAGUGUCGACGAACUAUGAAAACUCAUCCUAUCUGGGAGGGAAAUAUGGCAAUCAUCUUGACCUGCAUGGCCUGGAAGAACGUGGAGGCAGCAUGGCAGGAAGUCCCAUGUCCAAUGUGUCUGCAGACUCUUUCUAUGCUGACUUAGAUCAACAUCACCAAACAUCCAGAAGUUAUCUGCUCCUAGAGGAUGCAACUGAGCUUACCAAGAGCACAUCUGGUCUCUCAUCCACCAAUUAUGGAAUUGCUGAGAGGGAACUGGCUAAAGCAGAGCGCCUGCUGAGAUGCACAGCAGCAGAUGUUGGCACUGAUUACCUUGGCAGCUCCUCAAGACUUCAUUCCUAUGGAAAGACUCAAGAUGAUGAAGACCCGAUGGAAGAACCAUAUGAGUUAAAGCUUCUAAAGCAGCAAUUGAAACAGGAGUUUAGGAGGAGCACUGGAGGGACUGAGAGCUUAGAACAGUUGGCUGGCCUCUCACAUCAGUAUACUACUAGCACAGGUGUAACUAGUGGUGGCUAUAGGGCUUUCCCCAAGACAGAGAAGUACAGCAUAAGUAGAUUAACCUUGGAGAAGCAGGCAGCCAAACAGCUUCCAACAUCUAUGCUCUACCAGAAACACAAAAGUACCAGCAGCAUUGGAAAAUACUCCAUCCAGGACAGUAGGGGUUUAGACACAGAUUAUAGUAGUUACUUGGGAUCUAGUGGUGCUUCACCAAGAUCAAGCAGAUUAUUACAGGAUGAGAUCACUUUUGGGCUUCGCAAGAACAUUGCAGAGCAGCAGAAGUACCUGGGAUCAACUCUAGGGGUCAAUUUGGCAGGUUCACUUAACUUAGGCCAGAGUCUGAACUUGAGUUCUGGGGUGAGGUCAUCUCUGGGAGAGGACUCUUCUUAUCCAAGUGGGAGCCGCUCCCGGCCCUCCUCUAGGCCUUCCUCUAUGUAUGGCCUGGAUCUGUCUAUCAAAAGGGACAUCUCUAGCUCCUCAUUGAGGCUCAAAUCAGAGGGUGACCCUUCCUCAGAGACUUCUGCCUAUCAGGCACCAUCAGGUAGGACAAAGCCUACCAGUUUGCCUAUUGGUCAGGGUGGUCGUGGGAGAAUCCCAAUUGUGGCACAAAACUCUGAGGAAGAGAGCCCACUGAGUCCGGUGGGUCAGCCGAUGGGUAUGGCACGGGCAUCUGCAGGUCCGCUCCCGCCUAUAUCCGCCGACUCCCGUGACCAGUUUGGGUCAUGUCUCUCUCUCCAGGAUCCCCAGCAGCAGCACCUCAGGGAGGACCCUACCAGAGGGCGCAACUAUAUGCUCAUAGAUGACCUGCAGGGCACAAUGUCUGAUAGUGAAGCACUAAGUGAAUCCCUGGUGGGUCUGAACAGAGAUGAUCCAGGAAACACACAUGAAAAUGUCACAGACGCAUACCAUCUCCGUCGGGAGGAGACUGACUGGUUUGACAAGCCACGAGAGGAUGGACAGGGCCUGGACAGGAGACAGGGAAAAUUUCAUUACCCAUUUUCCCAUGCAAGAAUAAAGCUACAAAGGGAUCCUAAAGACCGCAGUGUGUCAGGCAAUGGACUGGGCAUCCGUAUAAUCGGGGGUAAAGAGGUUCCAGGCAGUGAUGGGGAGAUCGGAGCUUACGUGGCCAAAGUCUUACCUGGGGGAGCAGCAGAACAGUCUGGAAAGAUUGUGGAAGGAAUGCAGGUCCUGGAGUGGAAUGGCAUCUCUUUGUCUAGUAAAACCUACGAGGAGGUUCAGGUAUUGGUCAGUCAGCAAUGUACAGAAGCAGAGCUCUGCAUCAGACUGGAUCUGAACAUGCUGUCAGACUCAGAGGGCUCCCACUUAGACCUUCAUGAACAGCACAAAGCAGAACGGCCACCGCGCUCUCCAGGGGUUGACCCAAAGCAACUAGCUGCAGAGCUGCAAAAGGUGUCUCAGCAGCAGGCGCCCAGCUCCACAGCCUCCUCUUUGACAGCUCUGGACAAAUCCUCAGCUUCGGGAGCUUCCAGCUCUGUGCCAAGCCCCGGACAGCCUGCUUCACCUUCCGUUAGCAAAAAACGCCACAGCAAGACAUCAGAAUCUGCAAAGACCCAGUCUCACCCGAUCACAGGAGAGAUCCAGCUUCAAAUAAAUUACGACAAGCAGCUGGGCAACCUCAUUGUUCAUGUUCUCCAAGCACGGAACCUGGCACCACGGGACAACAACGGCUACUCUGACCCCUUUGUUAAAGUCUACUUGCUGCCUGGAAGAGGUCAGGUCAUGGUUGUGCAGAAUGCCAGUGCCGAGAACAAAAGAAGAUCCAAACAUGCCCAGAAGAGCUUGAACCCUGAAUGGAAUCAAACUGUUAUCUACAAGAAUAUCCACCUGGAACAGCUGAGGAAGAAGACAUUAGAGGUCAGUGUAUGGGACUAUGACAAGUGUUCCUCCAAUGACUUCUUGGGAGAGGUGCUGAUAGACCUGUCCAACACUGCUCAGCUGGAUAACGUGCCACGCUGGCUGCCGCUGAAGGAGCAGUGUGAAGGAGAACACCAUCGGCGCUCACACUCAGGCCAGGGACGCCAACACUCGGCCAAAGUUUCCAGCGGGCACUCACCCAAAACAUCUGGGCACAGCAGUCAGGACUCACCUAAAUCCUCUGUCAUCAAGAGUCGCAGCCAUGGCAUCUUCCCUGAUCCUGCCAAGGAUACACAGGUUCCCACUAUUGAGAAAUCUCACAGUAGUCCCAGCACGUCGAAGCCGUCUCCCUCAGAGGGCCAAGCCCGCUCCCAUGGAACCCCGCGCUCUCACGGCAAAAGUGCCGCAUCCCGGGCACACCCUGAAGACGCCAUGGCAACAGCUGAAACUGCCAGUGAACAGCAUCGCCUCCAACCAACCCAAACUGGCUGCCUCUCCCUGAGGCAACAGAGGCACAGCGUAGCAGGUGUGCUCACCAUACAGAGAGCCCUGCCCGACACGCCGGGCAAUGAGAUCACUGACGGCCGUCACCUGACCCUCCGAAAAGCCAUGUCGGAAGAAAGGCCUCAGCGGGAUAGAGCGUCCCGCAGCCAUAGAUCUGCUGAUGCUCCUGUUACUGCAGCCUCAUUGGAUAGUGGUCUGAGUGGCAGCGCCUUCAGCCUAUUGGAAGAAGAAGAAGAGACUAAUGGAGUGGACAGCGCCAUCUUCCAGGUUCCAAGAUUCGGAAAGAUUCCAAAUGGCACUGACAUUGUGAAGUCAAUACAUGGAGACACAGAGGGUAAAACCCAGGUAAUGGGGGAGAUAAAGAUCGCUCUGAAGAAGGAGAUGAAGACUGAAGGAGAGAACCUGGUACUGGAGAUCCUUCAAUGCAGAAACAUCACGUACAAAUUUAAGACUCCUGACCACCUGCCAGACAUGUACGUGAAACUCUACGUGGUAAAUGUAGCCACUCAGAAGAGGAUCAUUAAGAAGAAAACUCGGGUGUGCCGUCACGACCGCGAGCCGUCCUUCAACGAAACUUUCCGUUUCUGCAUGAACCCCACUGGACAUUCCAUUCAGCUCUUCCUGGUAUCAAAUGGGGGCAAGUUUGUGAAGAAGACUCUAAUCGGUGAGGCCUACGUGUGGCUGGACAAAGUGGACCUGAGGAAGCGAGUGGUCAGCUGGCACAAGCUGCUGGCCACCACAGCUCAAAUCCAAUCCUAGAGGAAGCAGGACAGAGCACUGUAGUUUCACACACACACACACACACACACACACACACACACACACACACACUACAGGCUGAAGUAGAGACGUUAACACACUGAGAAUCUUAAUUCUAUAUGUUUGAGAGAUUAUUCUAACCUGCACUGGGGUGAGGUGGGGAUCAGGGAUCAGGAAGUGCGCUGCUUACGUAAGUGUGUCCUCGAUUUACAUUGACGCGCAUGGGGUUAAAGGUUAGCCUUAAACAGGGAGAUGAGCAAACCAGGAUAAAGGGUUGUGUAAGUGUAGAGCUGAUUUCCAUACAUCUGUACACACACACACACACACACACAUACACACACACAAACACAUACAAACAUAGUCUGCCACAAGGCUCCCUCACCUGUCUCUAUGUGCGUGUGUGUCUGUGUGUAUGUGCGCACAUAUUUGUUUCAACAUAAAUAGUCACCAGGCCACAAAAGAC